UUUAAACAGGCUUUUGCAACAAAAAGUGUUUUUCUCUUAAAAGCAAAGAAGAACGGCUAUCGUUUCAAAAUUUACGGCUAUCGUUUCAAAAUUUUUUUCACCAUUUGAGAAGUGCUUUUUGGCUGAUGAAGAAGUUAAAAAUUUCUCCAUUUCUUCAGCCAAAAGUCCGUUUGGCUGAUAAUUUCCCAUUUUAACCUGCCUUCUCUCCCAAAAAAGUUUCUUUUCUCUGGUUCUUUAGAGGAGCUCUAUACCCAUUUUUCACAUUUUCACUUUCAAAAUUUUGGCUUACUGCUUUCGAUUAGAAUUUUCAGGAAAAUUCUGGAUUACUGCUUUGCUUUACUCUACUCGGUGGCUGUGGUUUGGGGAUUGAGAAUCGAGAUAAAAGAAAUGGAGAAGGGAAACAGGCAAGUAGUUGUUUCAGCAUUGAAAUUCGCUUGCACCGACGAUGUGCCCACCUAUCUCGCCACUGCCGAAAGUUGUUCAUUGGAGACACUAAGUACAUUGAAGUUUGCACAGCGGGUUAAAUUUAUUAAGAACAAUGCAGUGGUAAAUGAAGAUGCAUCUGGAGAUGUUGUUGCUAUGAGACUGCAAAUUCAACAGCUGAAGUGGACCAUAGAGUUGAGUGUUGCAUGGACAUGAGUUAUUAUUCUCAUGUGUUGGAUGGCAAGACUAAGAUUAAUGGGUCAUCAAGAUGCCGCAUUGACCAAAUAAAAAAUAUGAUACAUGUUGGUCAAGUCUACAAGCUAGUUGGGUCAUUAAUAGCCCAAUUCAAGAGAAGAGAGGCCCAAUUCGGCAACCACAAUUGGGCAGCCAAGAAAUCAAUUUUGGGACAAUUAUUUGAAGGUCCGCAAACUUGGAAGAACAUUGGAAAUUGGCACACAAGAUUUGCUUGAGAAAAUGUCCACACCUUGCAUGAUUCAAACAUGAUUUCAUGCUUGAAUCAAGCAACCAAACCACAUUCUCUUCCACAUAUCAUGGUUGGCCAUAAGGAGAGAGAAAUCCAAGGGAUUAUUAUUGCUAUUUUUAGUAAACUCUCCUACCUAGUUCAAUUUUAAAUACCAUACCUAUCUCACCUUUUCAAUCAUCCCUUACUCAUCUCUUCAUCCCUCAUUUUCACAACAUUCUUCAUUCCCUUUCUUGCUCUCUUCAUCCACCAUCCCUAUCAUUCCAUUUUUCCCUUUAGUUUUUAGCCAGUAAAAGCCUUGAAAAGAUCAUCUCUUAGUCGACCACCUUGAGGAGCCAUUAGCAAAAGUGCAACAAGAGGAGCGAAGGAAAACACCUUCAAUCAGAGUUCGCGAGGCUGCCGACUUGAAAUAGAGUUUAUUCUUCCCUUACUUGUUGUUUUAAAUUAAUUAUGCUUGCAAUGUGUUUUGUGAUCUUGACAUCAGCAAUGGUAGCUUAAAUCUAUUUAGCUAAGUUAAAUGCAUUAAUUCAAUGAGAUUUGUUUGAUUCA